AUGGUUAAUACUCAGUUUUUCAUCAUGAGAGCCAGUAAAUUAAUUCAGCAGCCACUGGUGUUCAGCAGAGGCUUCAUUUUGGUGAAGAGGAAGGACCUUCCAGAAAAGCUGGUCACAGAAGAGAACCUGCUGGGGUCUUUACAUACUCUGCACCAGUUUUGCUGUCCAGCUCCAUUGUACCAUUCCCAGCUAGCUGUCCCUGCCACACACUCAGAGUACAGGACCUCAUUGGAAACAGGAAGCAGCAUCUCAACUGAUCCACUCAGUGUUGAGGGUGAAGCUCCAAGCAGUGACACUGGCACGUCUUUGGACAGCCCAUCAGCUUACCACCAAGGACCUAUAACACACAGCUCAGCUCUGAGCCCAGACCAUUACGACCACUCUGCCUAUGGGCUGUACUCUGUCUCCCCUGGACAAAGAUCUCGGCGGCCGAAGCUUCAGCACUCAACAUCCAUACUGCGAAAACAGGCAGAGGAAGAGGCUAUCAAGAGGUCAAGAUCACUUUCUGAGAGCUAUGAACUCUCUUCAGACCUACAAGAUAAGCAGGUGGAAAUGCUAGAACGGAAGUAUGGGGGCCGUCUCAUAACCAGGCAUGCUGCCCGCACCAUCCAGACCGCCUUCCGCCAGUAUCAGAUGAACAAGAACUUCGAGCGUCUCAGAAGUUCUAUGUCUGAAAAUCGUAUGUCAAGACGCAUUGUACUGUCCAAUAUGAGAAUGCAGUUUUCCUUUGAAGGGCCUGAGAAAGUCCACAGCUCCUACUUUGAAGGAAAACAAGUUUCUGUUACAAAUGAUGGGUCAAAGCUGGGAUCCCUGGGACCGUCUGAAUGUGGUGACCUUGGAGAGUCAGCUACAAUGAAGUCUCCAGCAGCAUCCACUGAUUUUGCUGAUGCUAUCACAGAACUGGAGGAUGCUUUUUCCAGGCAGGUGAAAUCCCUGGCAGAGUCCAUUGAUGAUGCCCUGAACUGCCGGAGCCUCCACUCCGAUGAAGUCCAGACUCCGGAUCAAGUGAGAAGUCGCGAAAUGGAAAGGGACACUUGUGCUCCAACAAAACCAGCCCUUCACAACGUGGAUCACAGGAAGCUGGAUGAGAUGACAGCAUCAUACAGUGAUGUUACGUUAUAUAUUGAUGAGGAAGAGUUAUCUCCUCCCCUUCCACAUUCCCAGUCAGUAGACAGACCGUCCAGCACAGAAUCUGAUAUGAGGCUCCGGUCUGUGAACUCUUCCCAAGAGUACUGGUCCAUGACCCACAAAGAUGAUAAGAUAGACACUGAUACGAGCUGCAGGAGUACCCCCUCCCUGGAAUGUCAGGAACAGAGGAUGAGAAUGGAUCAUCUGCCACUACUAACUAUUGAGCCACCCAGUGACAGUUCAGUGGACUUGAGUGAUCGCUCAGACAGAGGUUCGUUAAAGAGACAAAAUGCCUAUGACCGAGGGCUCCCUGGUCAACAAGGAAGCCCAAAACACAUCCCUCACAGUAUUCCUGCCAAGAUUAUACCCCGAGAGGAGCAGGAGGCAAGGCACAGGGGUAGGCCUAUAGAUAGUCAUUUGGCUAUCAAUGGCACAGCAAACAGGCAAAGCAAAUCAGAGUCCGAUUAUUCCGAUGGAGACAACGACAGCAUCAACAGCACUUCCAACUCCAAUGACACCAUAAACUGCAGCUCAGAAUCGUCUUCUAGAGACAGCCUAAGGGAGCAAACCUUGAGCAAGCAAACCUACCACAAGGAAACUCGCAACAGCUGGGAUUCCCCUGCCUUCAGUAACGAUGUUAUCAGGAAACGCCACUACAGGAUCGGGCUGAAUCUUUUUAACAAAAAACCUGAAAAAGGAGUCCAGUACCUCAUUGAGCGAGGUUUUGUGCCAGAUACUCCAGUUGGUGUUGCCCACUUUCUCCUGCAAAGGAAAGGUCUCAGCAGGCAGAUGAUUGGAGAAUUUUUGGGAAACCGGCAAAAACAGUUCAACCGGGACGUGUUAGACUGUGUUGUGGAUGAGAUGGACUUCUCAACCAUGGAACUGGACGAAGCACUCAGGAAAUUUCAGGCUCAUAUCCGUGUUCAAGGAGAAGCCCAGAAAGUAGAACGGCUCAUUGAAGCUUUUAGCCAACGAUACUGUAUCUGCAAUCCUGGUGUGGUGAGACAAUUUAGAAAUCCUGAUACCAUCUUCAUCCUGGCUUUUGCCAUCAUCCUGUUAAACACAGAUAUGUACAGCCCGAAUGUGAAACCGGAGCGCAAAAUGAAGCUGGAAGAUUUCAUCAAGAACCUAAGGGGCGUGGAUGAUGGUGAGGACAUCCCACGAGAGAUGCUGAUCGGGAUUUACGAGCGCAUCCGCAAACGGGAGCUGAAAACCAACGAGGAUCACGUGUCCCAGGUCCAGAAGGUGGAAAAACUCAUAGUGGGAAAGAAGCCGAUUGGAUCUCUGCACCAUGGACUUGGUUGUGUCCUCUCCCUGCCCCACCGGAGGCUGGUGUGCUACUGCAGGCUGUUUGAAGUCCCAGACCCAAAUAAACCUCAGAAGCUUGGGCUGCACCAGCGAGAAAUAUUUCUAUUUAAUGAUCUUCUUGUGGUGACCAAGAUUUUUCAGAAGAAGAAGAACUCGGUUACGUACAGUUUCCGACAGUCGUUUUCCCUCUAUGGAAUGCAAGUUCUUCUGUUUGAGAACCAGUAUUAUCCCAAUGGCAUUCGGCUCACGUCAGCUGUUCCAGGAGCAGAUAUCAAAGUACUAAUAAAUUUCAAUGCACCAAAUCCUCAGGACAGGAAGAAGUUUACAGAUGAUCUGAGGGAGUCAAUUGCAGAGGUUCAAGAAAUGGAAAAGCACAGAAUAGAGUCUGAGCUAGAAAAGCAGAAGGGUGUGGUGCGUCCAAGCAUGUCUCAGUGCUCCAGCCUGAAAAAGGAUUCUGGGAAUGGGACGCUGAGCAGGGCUUGCCUGGAUGACAGCUAUGCCACUGGGGAGGGGCUGAAGAGGAGUGCUCUGAGCAGCUCCCUGCGGGACCUGUCUGAAGCAGGCAAGCGUGGGCGCCGCAGCAGUGCAGGAUCGCUAGACAGCAAUAUGGAAGGGUCCAUCAUUAGCAGCCCUCACAUGCGCCGGAGAGCUACAUCAACCCGAGAGUGUCCAUCUCGCCCUCACCAGACUAUGCCUAACUCCUCCUCACUCCUAGGUUCCUUAUUUGGUAGUAAAAGGGGAAAGCCACCUUCCCAAGGCCAUCCACCAUCUGGCUCAUCACCGCAGCCUCCAGCAGCCCCACAUCAGCAGCACCCCCAGCACCCUCCCGCCGCGCACCACGCGGGGCCCCCCGAGGGGCAGCCGCACCCUCACCACUCCCAGUACUGCCACAUGGAGCCGCCUCCACCACCUCCCUCCACAUCAGCCAGCACCAAACCCAAGCACAGUGGCAUCAGCACCAUAGUCUAG